CAGAUUUAGUGUAAGUUUAAAUGAAUGAACUGUGUCGAUGGUUUACGUGAAGGUUUAAUCUGGAAGCUGUACUAAUGCACUCUAGGCUUCUUUGGAAAGCUUCCUAAAGGCAUUUUACUCGGAACCAUGUCACAACCCUUUAAGGCUGCUAGAUUGAGUUUAAACUGCCGGUUGAUUAAUAUAUUUAACCAAAUGUUUUUGUAGCUACUUAGCGGCUUUUAACAAUGCGACUUAUGGUGUUCCUGUCACGUCAUUAUCCUGUAUUAUUUAUUCAUGGGCCAUCAGCCUUAGUCAAAUUUAAUCAACUAAGUAGAAAACGUCCGGACUGAAUGAUAAACCGUCCUUGAAAGAUUCUUCAUAGGAAUUUUGCGUUACACCGUAACAGGGAACUCUACUGAAGGCCUCGAAUUCUUAUCAGUUUAGUACUCAUGAGAGGACGCCAGCUCGGGGAAGGAGCUCCGAGCGUUCCCGCUGGAUUAGGUUCACUGAAAUUGGAGAUCUGGUUUAAUCCUUUCAUGAGGCAGAAGAGUGAGCUUGGGCAGUCUGGGUUAAAGGUCAUUCGUGCAGAGGUUGUUAUGCACCUUGCUGUGGUUGCGUGUGGAAACCGACUGGAGGAAACGCUUACCAUGGUUAAAUCAGCACUCCUCUUCAGCAUCAAGAAGAUCAAGUUUCACAUCUUUGCAGAGGAGGAGCUGAGAGAACAGUUUGAGAAAGAGCUGAGCCACUGGCCACAGCCGCUCUCCUCCAAGCUCCAGUACACCCUUUACCCAAUUACUUUUUCCGUGGGGAACGCUGAAGAAUGGAAGAAGCUCUUCAAGCCAUGUGCUGCCCAGAGACUCUUCCUUCCUGUCAUUCUGAAAGACGUCGACUCGUUGCUGUAUGUGGACACAGAUGUCCUAUUUCUCCGGCCGAUGGACGACAUCUGGAAAUUCUUCAAAGCCUUCAACAGCACUCAGUUGGCAGCCAUGGCCCCUGAGCAUGAGAUCCCCAAAAUCGGCUGGUAUAGUCGUUUUGCAAGGCACCCAUUCUACGGCGUUACAGGGGUCAACUCCGGGGUCAUGCUGAUGAACCUCACGCGCAUUCGCAGCACUCUGUUUAAGAACAGCAUGAUCGCUAGUGGACUGUCAUGGGAGGACUUGCUUCAUCCACUUUACCAGAAAUACAAGAAUCACAUCACAUGGGGAGACCAGGACCUCCUCAACAUUAUUUUCCACUACAAUCCAGAAUGCCUGUAUACAUUUCCAUGCCAGUGGAACUACAGGCCUGAUCACUGCAUGUAUGGCAGCAACUGCAAGGGGGCCGAGGAGGAGGGUGUGUCUAUUCUCCAUGGCAACCGUGGCGUUUACCAUGAUGACAAGCAGCCAGCUUUUAAAGUGGUGUAUGAUUCUAUACGUGAUUAUCCUGUUGGAGAAAACAUGUUCCAGUCCUUGUUUUAUCCUCUCCAAACCAAAUUCUUGGACACGGUCAACACGCUAUGUGGCAGAGUUCCUCAGGUGUUUCUGAAGCAGAUCGAGAAGACCAUGAAGGCCGUGUUUGAGCAGAAAGUGGUCCGCCACGCUCGGCCGCUUCACAGACAGCAUCGCUGAACUGCAGCAGAUGCAGUCUAUAAAUGACAAGGAGAAGAGCGGAUUCUCCAAAACCAGUGGUGGUUUUUUUGUUGUUGUUGGUUUUUUUUUGUUGUUUUUUUAUGGAACAUGUGCAAUACCAAGACCUCGGUGUGGUUUCCUGACCAGUUUCUCUGUCUGGAAAGGAUGCUGCAGAGCUUCUUGGAUAGACUGGGUUUUAAGCAGUGGUUAUUAUGGAAUAAAUGGCAGCUUGAUGAGGGGGUUGCUCUCCAAAGAACUGAACCACUUAAGUACAAGAGCAAUGUGGGGGGAAAAAACAGUCCAUAAGGUUAAUACUAGGGUAAAUGAAUUCAGCAGGAUUUUUUCAGAGGAGUUGGUAUAAGUGAUACAGAUGAUGUUAAAAUAAUAACAUUUUUCUCUUGUACAGUGUAACAGAGCGGCAGAUUGCACACACUAUAUUAUUAGUUUGACUCUAGUUGCAGAGAAUAUUAAGAUAACUUCUUAGCACAAGCUUGGCAGACAUAAAGACAUUUUGAAAAUUCAACUGGGGACCAGGCCGUGGGUUAGACAGAGGCAGGAACAGGGUGGUGUAGCACUUGAAUGUGCAAUGUUCCUCUUCAGAGCUAAUGUUUUAGAAGGAAGCAAAUGCCAGUCAUUGUUGCCUCGGGGCAGUGUUGUAGAACUGAGUGACAUUAUUGCCUGAUAAUGGGCUACUUUUAUUCAUUUCAGUAGUCAGAUUGUGUUUGCUGUUUACCGCUGUGGUGCUUCUGAACUAAAAUCCUGGUUUACAUGUACACCCAGUCUACAGAGCCCUGCCAAUGUCAUAAGCCAUAAAUAAUGUGAAAUCCGUGUACAUUCCUAUGAUCGUAAUAAGGUACAGAUAUAGCAUAAAGCUUUCCGUUUCUUUCAACAUGACAGUAUUAUGAUAUAAAUCACUAAGAAGCACAAAUUGUCUGGUUUAAAAAUAAUAAUAAUAAUAAUAAUAAUAAUAAUAAUUCAUGCAUGAUUCAGAGUUUUUAGAAGGUUUUUUUUUUUAAUGUGUAAAAUGCGUUCUUCUAAAAUUGGAUAUGACUCAGAUUUGACCUCUCAUAAGCUUUUAUGAGGCAUAAAAUAUGGCAGCGAAAUUGCUUUUGGAAACUAAUAUACUGCUAAUUCAGCAGCAGUAUGCCGAGACAUUUGUGCGAUUGUUUCCAUCUUGUGGCAACAGAAAUUGUCUUAUAAUUCGCUCAGGAUCGAUUCUCAGCUCCAUCCCCCUUUCGAGGUUGUGCGAUGUUCUGCGCAGACUCGCUGUUCAUUAAUCAUUAUUCCCCUGAAGUGUGUUGCAUGUAUAAUACGUGGAUCGUCGCGUAUGGGGCGCGCGUCUUCAAGUCAAGAUCCUAUCGAGCAAAAAACUUCAUCCUCAGGUGGGGGACAGAAACAAAUGGGUGUUUCAUAUUACAAAAACUUUAUGAAGUACAGUACAUUACUUAUUCGUAAUUCAAACGAUAACAUGAGGAUGUGAUGCUGAGCUGUUAUGCUCGUAAGCCUGGUAGAUGCUUAUUGGAGGAAAUUUCAAAGGAAAAAUCCACCCUGGACGAUUUCCUUAUUAAUCUUUCUAAUUAACAUGGUAUCUUCAAUAUCAUUCGAGGUUUGUUUGGUCGAGUUGACUUUUUGAGUUUAAACUUUCAUUGGCAUGCUGGUCUAUUUUCAUUUCAGUUAAAAGCUUCUUACAUUACCCACAAUGCCACCCUGACUACCCAUUGCUUAGUGGCGCAGUGGGAUUUAGACUGUAUUUUGCUCACUUCAUCUUGACGUCAUUUUCGACCUCAACACAUUCAACGCGCACAACAAAGUAAAAAAUAAUAAAAACAUGGACGCCUCCAUGUUUGUCUUUUGUUAGCAACAUGCUAUCAGGCUAACUGUGAUUGGUGACAAAAUUUAUAGUCAGUGUUAUACAGGAUGUCCCAAAAGUCUCCAUACUUAGGGGACUAUGUAUUCCAGCACCACGGCGGUUUUGACUUUGUCUGUAAAUGUUCUCGGUUGGCCCGCAACACUUCCAGACUUUUUAAAUUUGUUAAUAAGUUUGGCAAUAAGUGUGGUGUGUGAGAUGUGUUUGCCAUUUUUAUAUAAACAAUAAUAAUUUUGGGAGAUGUUUUGCUAAAAAAAAGUGUUAAUUUCCCAUAUGUAUGAAGACUUUUGGGACACCUUGUACAUUUACCACGUGAAUGUGUCUGUAUAUUGAUUGAGCUAAAGUAAACAUGUACAGCAUGACCCAGUUAAAGGUAAGAAGUGCUACUUGGGUCACGCCGCAAACUGAGAAGGAGCUCGUACUUGAAAAGAUUACCGUGAGUUUAUGAGUAGGAAUGACAGGUUUUGGUUUUUCCUGGUUGGAGGUUGGGAAUUAAAAGUUGCGACCUCGAGUCGAAUGCAGCAUCAGCUCUCACUUAAUCUCUACCUGAAGACAGAUGAAUGCUGGAAAACUAUCGGUGAGAAAAGAAGAGCCUUGUGCUUCAGUUGUUGGAACCCGACCGUUUUCGCUUACGUUUGAGAGUGUCAAUCUUUUGUCCUGUUAAACACAAUUGUAAAUCAGUCCCUCCAGGAUUUUGCGUUCACAGAAAUUUAAAGCAAACUCUGCAAUAGUGGGAGGAGUUUACAAUUGUUUUUGUUGUUUGUUUUUUUAAAGAACCGGAUCACCCCCACAACGAUGUUGUAAGCCACAUGAAAACAUAUGGGCAACGCCAAAGACCCUUGUGGUAAUUAUUCAUGGCUAUAAAAGCGUAUUGGUUCCUGAUAUUUAAAGGGAUACCUAGCACGAAAUGUAUUUCUCCCACUUUACCUGACGUCCCAUUUCUGCUGAACUCACCCACAUUCACAUCAAGUAUUUUAAAGCUUAAUGUAUUUCAGGAAAGAAUUUUUCCUUAAUUAGUUUGGAAGCAUACACUUCACAUCAAUUAAAACACACCAAAAUUGUUUAUUAAAUUCUUGUGAACAGUGCAUUUUUCCAGGCUAAGCAUUGACCUGUCCAUGUCUGCUCAUAAACUCCAGAAUGACAGAAAUGACAAGUAACCAUCAAAUCUGCUACAUAUCUUGUGAUAUUUACUUGCUAUUGUAUUUCAAUCUUUAUAUUGAUUAUGCUUAUGCAUAUUUUUUAUUAUUAUUUUAAGGCCUAAAAAAAAUAAAUAAACAGAGAAAGUAUUGUAAAUAAUAUGACAUGAA